GAAUGAUAAAACAAAGAAGACACAGCAAACAGUGGAGAAACUUGAAGGUUAAAAAAAAUGAGGGACUAUGAUGAUAUCACAUCUUUUCUGGGAACAUGGGGUCCGUUCCAGCUGACUGUUUUCUUUGCAUUAGCCAUAAGUAUCCUUCCCAAUGGUUUUGUGGGCCUCUACAUCGUUUUUGUCGGGGAUACGCCGUCUCACGAGUGUCUGAUCCCUGAGGAGUACAACAUCAGUGCCAUGUGGAGGGAAGCUGCAAUCCCAACGGUGAUGGAAGAUGGCGUUUUAAAACGCAUUUCCUGCUCUAGAUACAAAAUGGAAACACUGAGAAAUUUUUCCAUGCUUAAUUACAUCCCAAAUGUGGAUGUCAAUGUCAGUGAGAUAGAGAUGGAGUCCUGUGUGAACGGUUGGAACUACAGUAAAGUGAUUUAUGAGUCUACGAUAGUGACAGAGUGGGACCUGAUUUGUGAGAAUGAGUACAAAGGCCCUCUGACCUCAUCCAUAUACUUCUUCGGUGUGCUGGUGGGGACCUUUCUUUCAGGACAGAUGUCUGACAGGUACGGCAGAAGACCUACACUUUUUGCCAUGAUGGCUAUGCAGACAAUUACCAUCAUUAUCCAGAUGUUUUCUCCAAGCUGGGAAAUCUUCACUGCCAUCUACUUCUUUGUGGGAUUUAGUGGUUUUUCUAAUUAUGUUGUUGCAUAUGUCUUAGGCUGUGAAAUUCUAAGUCCAGCGAGUCGGGUGGUGUUCGGUUCUCUGGGUAUCUUCAUGGGAUCUGGAAUUGGUCAGAUGUUCUUUCCUUUAGCAGCUUAUUUCAUCCGCAGCUGGCGAUGGCUGGUGCUUACGAACGCCCUCACCGGACUCAUCUAUGUUCCACUGUGGUGGUUUAUUCCCGAGUCUCCCAGAUGGCUGCUCUCUCAGGGAAGGAUAGAGGAGGCUGAGGCCAUACUGAGACUCGCAGCUAAAAAGAACAAAGUCGCCGCUCCUGAGGUCAUCUUCACUUCAUCUGAGAUUGAGGAAGCAGCAAAGAUGAGGAAGAAAAAACAUAAUAUUCUGGAUAUUCUAAGGAACUGUAAUGCUGUUUUAACCAUCAUGAUCUGUUCACUUCUGUGGAUGGUCAUCACCAUGUCUUACUAUGCUCUCAUUCUGAACACCACAAACCUUCAUGGAAACCCGUACCUGAAUUAUUUCCUGUCUGCGGUGGUGGAGGUCCCAGCUUUCAUCAUCGCCAUGUUGUUGCUCAGAUUCUGCAGCAGGAGAUUCUGUCAGUCGUCCACUCUUCUUAUGGGUGGAGCGGUGAUUUUCAUCAUACAGCUCAUUCCCAAAGACCUAAUGGUGUUGGCAACCGUACUGGAGAUGCUGGGAAAACUGGGUGUCACGGCUGCGUUCUGUGUAGUUUAUGCCGUGACUUCAGAACUGUUUCCAACUGUGGUGAGGAACAUGGCGAUGGGAACCUGCUCCAUGACAGCUCGCAUAGGGAGCAUAGUGUCUCCCUUCAUCAUAUACCUGGGAAACUACUAUAGAUACAUUCCUUAUAUUGUCAUUGGAAGCCUGGCAGUGUUUUCUGGCUUAAUUACUUUACUGUUACCAGAAACUAGAGGGAAAGUUCUCCCUGAGACCAUCGCUCAGAUGCAGCGAAUAAAAGGGCUGAAGAGCUCUGAGAAACAGGCUGCAGUGAUGAGGACAGCAGAUAAAAAUCAAGUCAUCAAAGAAGUGAAACUAUAAUAAACAACUGGAGAGUAAAAAUUAACAAAAUGUUGUCCUGUUAAUCAAAUGACUUGCCCUGACCCUAAAUCCUUAAUCAUGAAAUACUGUAUGCUGUUGGGUUCACAUCAUGACAUAAAUCUGUCUUGGCUUUCUGCCGUUUGUAUGCAGAGUUUGUUUGCGAGACAACUGAAGUUAGAAAUCCACCCGCAUGUGACUUCAUAAUGCUGUAGGAGUUUGAUAAACCCUUGAUCUGUUGUUAUAAUAUCUACAAUAAUGGCAUCUUGACUCAACAACUAGACAAGCCCUCGGCACAGAUCGCCAUGGCCAGCUAUUAUCUGGACUGCCAUGCCAGACUUUAACAACCAGCAUGAUCAGCAUACAAACGGCCAUAGAUUAGCCAGUCAUCCACUGCUGUCUAAACCAAGCGGAUGGAGCAGAAUGCAAAAUAUUCUGAAUGAAUACACAUUCUGGUUCGUUUGGCCAGAGGAGGACUGGUCCCCUGUUUUUUUUCUUCAUUUCUGUCAGCUGAUGGAGUUUGGGUUUCUUGCCACUGUCGCCUCUGGCUUCAUCAGUUGGGGACUCUUAAUAUUCAACAAUAUUAUCGAUUUAACUGCACUGACGCUAUUGGAUGAGAACAAAACUUGAACUGAAUUGAUCUGAAUAAUAACUCUAUUGUCUUCUGUA